GCACGGGCAGGGCGGGCUCUGCUCCGCGCCGGCCAUGCUGCGCCGCGCGGCGCGGCGACAGCAGGGGGAGGACAACUUGGAGGCGGUGUUGGAGCAGUGGGGGGAGCCCAUGACUCUCUUCACCAAGCCCACCUGCACGGUGGUCUUCUAUACCAACCUGAGGAGAGGGGCGAAGUUCCAGCUCUUCUGCGUGUCGAUCUCGUCGCCCCCUUGCGCGAAGAAGAAGGCUGCGGCGGAGUGGCGGGGUUUGAAGGAGAGCCUGGUGCCACUGCUCCAACUCACAGCCUUCCACAUGUUCAAGGCCUCCCGGGGCAUUUUGUGCCGCGCUUUGGCCGCGUCCCCGGCGCCCAAAGCGGCCGAGAGCGCGGCUCAGAGCGCCUCUCAGAGCGCGGCGGAAGCGCGGCUGGUGCCUUGGAAGCGCCUGGGCGACGAGGCCUUCCAAGGGGGGCGCUUCUUCAUGGCUGCGAACUUCUACACCAGGUGGUUGGAGGAACCUGAGGAAGAGAUGAAAGCAGCGGUGCUUUCCAACCGGUCCGCGUGCCUGGCCAAGGUGGGGCAUUUCGAGGCGUCCAAAGAAGAUGCCGAGAGAGCCCUAGAACUUCGACCCAACUGGGGCAGGGCCUGGAGCAGGAUCGGGCUGGCGCAUGCCAAGCUGGGCCAGGCGAAGGAGGCGGUGGAAGCCUACAAAAAGGCGGUGACCUUCGAUCCCUCCAGCGGCAACGUGGAUGCCUUGGCCUCCGUCACGCGGCAGUUGUACGGGCCGGAUAGCAACCUGGCACACGCGGAGAAGGAGAGCGGCAACUUGGCCAUGCGAGGGCACGAGAUGGGCCUGGCGGUGGCAUGCUACACCGUGGGCCUCAUGUUAGUGCCCGUCGAGGCGAUCGCUAGCGUCCCUGACGGCGUGCCGCCAGAGGAUGAACAUGCGCUGUUGAGGUCGGUGCUCUUUUCCAACCGAGCCUCGGCUUUCUGCCGUCUGAAGGAUUGGCAGAGCGCCAGAGCCGAUGCGGAGGCAGCGGUGGAGAAGAAGAACGAUUUCGUGAAAGCCCGCAACCGGCUGGGCACAGCUCUGCUGGCGGGCGGCCAAGUGGAGCAGGCCUACGCCCACUUCGCGCACGCCUUGAAGCUGGAGUCCAACAAUACCGCAGCCUUGAAGGGCCGCCAGGCGUGCAUCAGCAUCCUGCCCCUUUGGCGCUCAGUGCCUGCGCGGCGAAGGUUCCGCGAGCGCUUCGGGGUGGACCUUUGGCGGCCUAAGGGCACCACCAAGGUUUAUGCCAUCUCGGACGUACACUUCGACCACAAGUGCAACGAGGAUUGGGCGCAUCGCAUUGACGACUUCCAGUUUCAGGAGGACGUGCUGAUCGUCGCCGGGAACUUGUGCGACACCAGGAACGCCCUGGCGCGAGCGCUGACCACGCUGAAGGCCAAGUUUCGGCGGGUCUUCUACGUGCCCGGGAACCACGAGCUGUGGCUGAACCCGUCGGAGGCGGCGAAAUAUCCGGACUCCCUCUCCAAGCUCUUGGGCCUCAUGGAGCUCUGCGACCAGUUGGGCGUGGACUGCUCUCCCUCCGCCGUUUGCGAGGACGUGUUCGUAGUUCCGCUCCUCUCCUGGUACACCGCUGAGUUUGACGAGAAGGAUCCAUUCCCCGAUCCCAACGCGAACUUCGACCACCAGUGCCGCUGGCCGCUGGAUCCAGACACCCAGGUGUGGAAGUACAUGCUGAAGCUCAACGAAGCUCAUCUCCAGCAUCCCUACCACGGCACAGUCAUCACGUUCUCGCAUUUUCUGCCCUCGCGGAGCCUGCCUUUUGCGGCCUUCGGCAGAGCAGCAAAGGCGAUGGGUUGCGAGGACCUCAAUGACCAGGUGAAGUCAUUCCGGUUGAGACACCACGUGCACGUCUACGGGCACUCCUCCCGGCACUUCGCGCAGUACGAAGACGGCAUCCUGUACGUGAACCACUACCACGGCACAGAGGGCGGGCACGCGGAGAGGUCCCCGCUCUUCUUGGUGCACGAUGGAAAGGAUGUCGCCAAGCGGCAGGUGGAGAUCUACUCUGGGCCAACGAGAUCGUAGGACAAAUUUUCGCGCCCAAACUUCCAUGUGGUUA